AUGUCUUCUCGCGCUUCUGCCAAAUCACCUACUCCAGGAUCCUCAUCCUCUUCGCGCAACCAGCCUCAGAGCCUCGCGCAGGAGCCCGCCAACACUAAGGACUUCGACAUGCCGGACCUCAAGUACGACUCCGAUGGAGAUGGCUCUUUCACCAAGGAAAGCUACGAUAAGCUCCGACGCAUAAUCCAGAAACAAGAAGCCGAGACAAAAGACAUGCAGAAAAUCGUCAACGAAAACCGACAAGCAAUAGAAAACCUCAACAAGCAACUCCAGCACGCUAGACAGGCCUACAAGAAGCUGGAAGAAGACAUCAAGGGGGACGCCAACCUCCGGAAGAUCCAGGAACUCCAGGGGGAAAUCACCACCCUCCGGGCCGCCGCCAACAUCGUCACCACGCCCGUCCACGGAGGACGACAAAAGCUCAAGCUCAGUACGCCUGUCACCUACGACGGAACCCCCGGGACCCUCAAAGGAUUCCUGAUUCAGUACACGCAGCCACCUACCUCCGAGGAAAGGCCCUCAAGUAGUUUAAACCAAUCCAGGAAGAAUACCUCAAAUGCGAGACCCUCGACGAGUAUACCACCGAGACCCGCGACAUCUACGCCAAUUUUAAAGGAUUCGAGGAUACGCUCAGGUCACUCUUCCAAGACCCCGACGAAAAGCGACAAGCCGAACGAGAUCUAG